CGCACGAACGGCAGAAAAUGUUGGUUGUGAUUAUAUUAUUUGUGUUUACUGUACUCUAUUGGUAUGGGACUCGGACAUUUAAUUACUGGAAAGUGAGAGGUGUGAAACAUGAUAAUCCAUUGCCGUUUUUAGGGAAUAAUCUUAAACAAUUCAUACAAAAGGCAAGCAUGGGAAUGGUAGCCAAUGAAAUGUACAAAAAAUAUCCCAACGAAAAAAUAGUAGGGUUUUAUCGAGCAACGGCUCCAGAAUUAGUUAUCAGAGACCCAGAAAUUGCAAAACGAAUCUUAGUAACAGAUUUUAAUUGUUUCUAUGCUAGGGGUUUGAAUCCACAUAGAACAGUUGUUGAACCAUUGCUUAAAAAUCUCUUUUUUAGUGAUGGUGACUUAUGGCGUCUAUUGAGACAGAGGUUUACUCCUACUUUUAGUACUGGUAAAUUAAAAGCUAUGUUUCCCCUUAUAACGAAACGUGCAGAGCAACUUCAAGUCAUUACCGAAGAAAUCACAAAAAUAGAUUUUUAUGAUGCACGAGAGUUGAUGGCAAGGUAUACAACAGAUUUUAUUGGUGAAUGUGGUUUUGGAAUAAAUAUGGAUUCAUUGUCUGAAGAAAAUAACCAGUUCAGAAGACUUGGAAAGCGAAUUUUUCAAAGAAAUCUAAGAGAUAUUGUUUGCACUGCGUUGAAAUUUAUAUUUCCCGAAUUAACUAAAAACUUAACCUUAUUGACCCCAGAACUGGAAAAAACUAUGGUUAAACUAGUUAAUGCAGUUUUAAAUGAAAGAGGUAAUAAGCCUUCGGUAAGAAAUGAUUUUAUCGAUCUUCUAUUGGAAAUUAAAGAAAAGGGAAAUAUGAUAGGUGAAUCCCUAGAGAAGAAAAACCAAGAUGGUGCACCUAAAAUAGUCGAAAUUGAACUAGAUGAUCUUUUACUGACUGCGCAAGUUUUUGUAUUUUUUGGAGCUGGAUUUGAAACAUCGUCAUCUGCAUCAAGUUUUACUCUACACCAAUUGGCUUUUAAUCCAGAAUGUCAAGUAAAAGUACAAAAUGAAAUCGAUCAGGUACUUGCAAAGUAUGACAAUAAACUCACUUACGAUGCCAUAAAAGAUAUGAAAUAUUUAGAAAUGGCAUUUAAUGAAGGUAUUAGGAUGUAUCCUUCUCCGGGAUACUUGAUUAGGAUGUGCUGUGUACCAGAGUAUACAUUCCCUGAAUUAAAUUUAACAAUUCAUAACGGAGUCAAAACGUUUAUACCAAUAGCAGCUAUUCAAAAUGAUGAGAAGUAUUUCUGUAAUCCUGAUCAGUUUGACCCGGAAAGAUUCCAAGAUGGAGCUAAGGAGAACAUCAAAAACUUCGUAUUCUUGCCAUUUGGAGAAGGUCCAAGAGCUUGUGUCGGUGCGAGACUUGGGCAGAUGCAGUCAAUGGCUGGCCUGGCAGCUGUUCUGCAGAAGUUUUCAGUGGAGCCAGCGACCUGCAGUAAGCUGAAGCCAGACCCUGAUCCAGCAGGCAUUGUAACUGAAGGCUUCUUAUAUGGACUACCCCUUAAAUUUAAGAAACGUGUAAAAACGUAGAAUGUAAAAUCGAGUAGAAUACGUAAGAUAUAUUACUUACCAUUGAUGCAUCUAAUAUGCUGAUGCCUGGAUCUCCUUUUUCUCCUUUGGGGCCAACUGGCCCUGGUGUGCCUGGAGGACCCAGUGUCCCUGGCUUGCCCUAAAAUUUGCCAAUUUUUUAUUCAAUGUAAUUUAUGUGGUUAAGUAUUUAUGGAACUGUAUUUAAGUUAAUGAUACGAUAAGGCGAUUUUUUUAUUCAAUACUUGUUAUUGACAUGUAUGAUGCAUUUAUUUAAUGAAUGUCCAACUGACUUUAUGAAUUAGUGAAGUACUAAGUACCAAUAAUGAAGCAAGUUUUUUGAAAUACCUACUAGUAAUAGCUAUAAAUGACUUUUUUGCGUUAUAUAAUAAAAAUGGUUAUACAAAUAAUGUUUUGGGACAGAAAGGUAAAUGAGAACAGCUGUUCCAUACGUAAAGCCGGAGAUUCUAAUAAAUGGAUUAGUAUGAUAAAGCAAAGUGGUGUUGUAAUCAUGACUACACGAACCUUUGAAACCUGCCAUGAAGGCAUAAAAGUUAUACAAUUUCAUUAAGAAACAUUUCGUAAUCAAUGAAAUAAAACAAAAUCGCUAUUUGGAUUUGAUUUGGAUACCGAUUAGAAUAACUUGCUGUCAUCAUUACAAUGUUUUUUCAAUAAUGUAAGAGAAAUAUCAAUAGAUUUCUCGACUUUAUGACUUUUCAAAUAAAUUUAAUUCGUAUGUAUUUACAAAACGGUGUUGGUAAUAAAACUGGUAAAUCAUCAUCAUCGUUACACUUAUUUUAUAAAAUAAAAGUAAACUUAUUUAAUAUUAUAUAAAAGUAAAUCGAUCUGUAUUAUUCCCGAAUUUACACGAUACGGGAAGCUUUUGCUCAAAAAAAACAGAAAAGUGGUAUAGACGAAAGUAUUUACAUUAGUCAGAGAAAGCUAAUUUUCAGCAUGAACCGCGAAAAAUAUACGUUAUUGUUUCUGAUAAAUUGCUCACCAUCCAGCCAGGAGACCCACUUUCUCCUUUCUCCCCGGGUUUACCCGGAGGACCCGACGGGCCUUGUAAUCCUUGUAGACCUCGAGGCCCGGCUGGACCUGGACGUCCUCUCCUGCCCCGAGGGCCAACGUCGCCUUUAUCACCCUUGAAAAAAUAAAUUACGAUACGAAAUUUACGAUUCCAAUUACAAAAAGAACAUUUUCAAAAUAUAAAUGGCAUUCUACUAUUUAGCACUCAUUUAUAACUUAAUAACCAAAGGACAAAAUUAGGUUUGUUAAUAAUUAUUAUAAAAAAUAAAACCAUUAUUUGUAAA